AUGCCAUUUGGCCUAAAAAAUGUUGGUGCAACCUAUAUAAGGGCCAUGACCACUCUCUUUCAUGAUAUGAUCCACAAGGAGAUUGAAGUAUAUGUGGACGAUAUCAUUAUCAAAUCCAAAAGGAGUUUGGACCACCUAUAUGAUUUGCAAAAAUUCUUUGAGAGGUUGCGAAAGUAUAAUCUAAAAUUGAAUCCAGUAAAGUGUGCCUUUGGAGUACCUGCAGGAAAACUAUUAGGAUUCAUUAUUAGCAGGAGAGGCAUAGAGUUGGAUCCCUCUAAGAUCAAGGCAAUUCAAGAAUUACCUCCCCCGAAGACCAGGAAGGACGUGAUGAGUUUCCUGGGAAGGCUUAACUACAUCAGCCGGUUCAUAGCACAAUCCACCGUAAUUUGUGAACCCAUUUUUAAAUUACUAAAGAAGGAUGCUGCCACAAAAUGGACGGAAGAAUGUCAAAGGGCUUUUGAUAAAAUCAAAGAAUAUUUGUCCAACCCGCCAGUAUUGGUCCCACCUGAGCUUGGGAGGCCGUUGCUAUUAUACUUAUCUGUCAUGGACAAUGCAUUUGGAUGCGUAUUGGGACAACAUGAUGAGAUAGUUAGAAGAGAGCAAGCCAUUUACUACUUGAGUAAGAAGUUCACACCGUAUGAGGCAAGAUAUACCUUAUUGGAACGAACAUGCUGCGCUUUGACUUGGAUCGCGCAAAAAUUUAGGCAUUACUUGUCUGCAUACACCACGUACUUGAUCUCAAGAAUGGAUCCACUAAAGUACAUAUUUCAGAAGCCAAUGCCUACAGGUAAAUUGGCAAAAUGGCAAAUUUUGUUGAGCGAGUUCGACAUUGUGUACGUGACACAGAAGGCCAUCAAAGGACAAGCCUUGGCUGACCACCUCGCAGAAAAUCCAGUGGAUCAAGAUUAUGAGCCUCUCAAAACUUACUUCCCUGAUGAAGAAGUAUUGUUUGUAGGAGAAGACGUAUCAGAACGAUACGAUGGUUGGAGGAUGUUUUUCGAUGGAGCAUCAAAUUCCAAAAGAGUUGGAAUAGGAGCGGUUUUAAUUUUAGAAAAGGGUCAAUAUUAUCCAAUUUCAGCCAAGAUUAGGUUUGAUUGUACCAAUAACAUGGCAGAGUAUGAAGCUUGUAUUCUUGGGCUUAGAAUGGCCAUAGACAUGAACGUCAAAGAGCUUUUGGUCAUAGGCGAUUCUGACUUAUUGGUUCAUCAGGUGCAAGGAGAAUGGGCUGCUAAGAAUGUGAAAAUCCUUCCUUAUUUGCAUUGCAUAAAGGAGUUGAGUAGGAAAUUCACAAGUAUUGAAUUCAAACAUGUCCCUCGAGCUCAAAAUGAAUUUGCCGAUGCUUUGGCAAUAAUAUCCUCAAUGAUUCAGCAUCCGGACAAGAAUUACAUCGACCCUAUUGAAGUAAAGUUAUAUGAUCGACAUGCAUAUUGUUUUCAUGUUGAUGAGGAAUUGGAUGGAAGACCAUGGUACUAUGACAUCAAGAGAUUGAUAGAAGCACGAGAAUAUCCCGAAAAUGCCACCAGCAAGCAAAAAGGGACUCUGAGAAGGAUGGCCAAUCAUUUCUUUCUUAAUAGAGAAAUUUUGUAUAGGAGGACUCCAGAUUUAGGAUUGCUGAGAUAUGUUGACGCCAAGGAAAUGAUGAGACUUUUAGAAGAAAUACAUGCAGGAACAUGUGGACCUCAUAUGAAUGGGUUCACUCUGGCUAAGAAGAUCUUAAGAGCUGGAUAUUUUUGGAUGACCAUGGAGAGAGAUAGCAUUCGAUACGUCGAAGCUUCGACAUAUAAGGCAGUAACUAAGAAAGUCGUGGCAGAUUUUGUUCGUAACAAUAUCAUUUGUCGAUUUGGGAUUCCAGAAUCAAUUAUAACAGAUAAUGCGGCCAAUCUCAAUAGCGAUCUUAUGAAGGAAAUUUGUGAGCGAUUCAAGAUUGCUCAUCGAAAUUCCACAACUCAUCGGCCACAGAUGAAUGGAGCAGUUGAAGCAGCAAACAAGAACAUCAAGAAGAUUUUGAGGAAAAUAGUGGAUAGUCACAGACAAUGGCAUGAGAAGUUACCAUAUGCUCUGCUCGGUUAUCGUACCACAAUCAGAACUUCUACUGGGGCAACUCCUUAUAUGUUGGUUUAUAGUUCAGAAGCAGUAAUACCUGCUGAAGUGGAAAUACCAUCUUUAAGGAUUAUUCAAGAGGUCGGUUUAGAUGAUGCAGAAUGGAUUCGCAGCAGGAUUGAACAGUUGAUGCUCAUUGAUGAGAAAAGAAUGGAUGCAGUUUGUCAUGGUCAACUUUACCAAAACAGGAUGGCCAAAGCAUUUAACAAGAAAGUCAAGCCUCGACAGUUCACACCAGGACAAUUAGUAUUGAAGAAGAUAUUUCCUCACCAAGGAGAAGCUAAGGGGAAAUUUGCACCAAAAUGGCAAGGUCCUUACAUGGUUCAUAGAGUAUUAUCCGGAGGAGCAGUAAUCUUAGCAGAAAUGGAUGGCACAGUGAGCACGAAGCCAAUCAACUCAGACUCCAUCAAGAAGUACUACAUCUGA